AUGGCAGCUGUCUUCGGACUGAAAUCUCGCAUGACGCGGAUGGAACAUCUACACGCGCAGAUGAUCCAAGUCGGCAUCUCAACAGAGACUCUGGAUCGCGAUCUGCGGGUACUGAGGAGAGGCUUGAUCCUAAGAUUUGGAGACGACGUGCGAGUGAAGGAACUGAUUGCGAUCGCAAACUUUAGCCUCGAGGCAGCCGAAAGGAUGUUGGAUAUGCAGAAGGAGGAUCGAAACCCUGCUGAGCGGUAG